GCGAUAUAAAAAGACAUAAAAAUAGAGUCAUAAAUUGGAGAAUGGGAGUGUUUUUGAUUAGUUUUAAAGGGGCACAAGCAAAGUGAAAUGUUUUUAACCCUUGAUUCUAUAUAGCUGAGUUGAUUCAGAUCUCACAUUUUCUAUUUGUUUGAGAUACACUGUAAAAAAAAAACACAACAUAAUGCUGCACUUCUCCUUUUAGGUUAAUUUGUAUUUCUGUAAGACAAGCUGUAUUUGAUAGUAUUGUAUUGAGUCUGAAAAACUGUCCCUUCUUGACUGUGUGAAGCUGUAGGAGAAGAAAAGAUCUAAUGAAGUUCAGCUAAUAUCUAGAGAGUCACAUGCACAUGUGGUUACUUAUACUUUCACACGAGUGUCUCAGCAUCAGUACAAACGUUAUCACCCCAUGUGAGAUGGAGACAGAAAAGAUGGAUGACAUAGAGGCCAUGUUCAGUCACCUGCUCGGAGAGAUGGAUAAUCUCUCUCAGAGUUUAACAGAGACAGCAGAGGGGGGUCCCGCUGCACAAAGACAAAGCACCAUCUCCAUUGGCUUCACAGACCUAAAUGAGUCUCUAAAUGAGCUUGAAGACCAGGACCUGGAUGCUCUGGUGGCUGACCUCAGAGCAGACUCAACUACUUCAGAGGUUCCUGCAGAUCAGCAGAGUGGCAGACAAACCGAGAACCAAACUGCAGGGUCAUCCAUGACUCAGCAAUCUGUGGCAGCAGCUGCCCCUCCUCCAUCAUCCAACACUGUUGGAUCUUCUAAAGGGCAGCACACGAGCGAACCACAGACAAAGGCAGACAAAAUUAAACUGGCCUUAGAAAACCUGACAGAAGACAAAUUGAUAGUUAAGGUUCUGAUGAGUGAUGGCAGCUCCAAGACGUUGAUGGUGGAUAAAAAACAGACGGCCAGGGAGGUUUUGGACAAGCUGUUUGAGAAGACACACUGUGACUGCAGCGUCAACUGGAGCCUGUGUGAGACCAACCCUGGGCUGCAGAUUGAACGAGGCUUUGAGGACCAUGAAUGUUUCGCAGAGCCGCUGUCUGCAUGGACUUGUGAAAGUGAAAACAAAAUCUACUUUGUGUCGAGACCUGGGAAGUAUAUGAUGUUCAAGGAGCCCCAGUUAUUUUACAUGUGGAAAAAGAAGACAACAUCGGAUGGGAUUAAUGAGCAAGCCAAACAACUCUUAAUCAAGGAUUCUUUUAGUGGUGGUGUGGUGAUUGUUCCUGAUCUUGAGGGCACGCUGCUCUUAAAGGAAGAUGGGAAAAAGGUUUGGAAACCUCGUUACUUUGUUCUCAGAGCCUCAGGCCUCUACUAUGUGCCCAAAGGAAAGACUAAGUCCUCCAGUGAUCUGGUCUGCUUUGUCCAUUUUGAAAAAGUCGACAUCUACACCUGCAUCAACUACAAACAGAAGUACAGAGCUCCCACAAACUUCUGCUUCAUGCUGAAGCAUCCCUGCAUCCAGAAGGAUUCAGACUACAUCAAGUUCCUCUGUUGUGAGGACGAACACAAACUGCUGCUGUGGGUCAACUCCAUCAGAAUAGCAAAGUAUGGGACUGUUCUGUAUGAAAACUAUCAGGUUGCUAUGAAGAGAGCCUCCCCGAGUCUGCAAACUCUCCACUCUGCUGCACUCAUAGAGAAUUCCAACAGCCAUGUUGAAGACUACCCACAUGAGCCCCCACCUGACUUCAUCCCUCCUCCUCCUCCUCCCACGGAAAACACUCAAGUUUGAGAUACAGCUUAGCCUCUGUCGCUACAUCAGGGUCAACUUCAGCUUUCCUUUAGCACACACAUCUGAGCAGACAUCAAACCUGGACCUGAUUAAAUGUAUCAGUAAUGCCUA